AUGGACGCGUCGCACACAAUCGUCGUCCUCGCCCCGCGCGAUGCCGACGCACACGCGCUGAUCGCUCGAAUAAAGCAAACCGAUGCGGCGUCUAACGAAGAAUAUGUGCCAUGGACGAUCGCGAACAAGUACUACACCGCCGACGUUCGCUUCCGCGUCGUUUCUCUUGCCCAGUGGACGCCCGGGGUACUUGCGGGCGUACCCGCUACGAUCUUCGCCUUCCAGCGUGGUGAGCCAUACGCUCAACAUGUCAAUAACAUCGCGCCACACGUCGAGGCCGCUGCGCCCGACGUAGUCCUCGCUGUCGGUCUCGGCUCUGAGCCGCCCCACCCGGACGACCCACCCGAGGGGCCGGACGCCUUCUUCGCCGACGCGGGCUUCGAAUACGCUGAGGCUACGCCCGCUGCUCCAGCUUCGACAAUCCCUUCUUCUGUCGAUGAAGAUGGCGAGCUAGGUGUUGGCAGCAUCUCGCGAGUCGUCGAUGCGCUGAGCACGAUCAUGUGGCCCAGCAUGCAACGCGCGGCGGGCACCAACAAGCCGCCGACGCUAGGCCAGCAGAUCGCGAUGCUCGAUGAUGGAGAUCUGGACGGGCUUGACGUCGAAGACGUCGGCGCCGAGUUAGACGAGGAACAGACACUAGCGGCGCUUAUGGCUGACCAACCUGUACCGCUUCCUCGUGCCCAUGCUCGCGCGGCACAGAUGGCGGCGCUCGAGCGGUGGCUACUCGAGAAUGAAGAUCUUCACGAGCAUGAGGCCAGCGGUGAACAUGACGAUGAGACCUCUACUACGGCAGGCGAUGAUACCCAGCAGCGCGAGCACAACGCGUUUACAAGCGAACUUGAAGCCAGUCUACGAACACUUUCUCCUUCAGCUAUGGGCUCAAUCAAGGAUCCCUGGGCACCCCGCUUUUCCGCUGACGCGACGCCUGUUGCCGAGACGCCACCCUCGCGCGGCUUCGACGACGACUUCUCCGCCUUCGUAUCCGCGCCCGCAAUCUCCGUCCUGUCAGAGUCAUCUGCAGACCCACAAGUCCCGGCUCUAUCUCCGAUUGCAUCUGCAACCAUCGCUGGUACAUCUUCUUCUCCGCUACCAGAGUCCAGUUCGGCGGGUCUACUCGCGCCGAUGCGCACGGGUGGCAGCCUGCACUCGAUGAGUAGCUUUGGACCGGACGAGGGAUUCGACGACGCGGCGGGUUGGAUGGCGCUCUCUGAGACGGGCUCCCAGUUCGGAGACGCCUCCGCGAGGCAUGACUAUGCAGAGCUCGACCUAGGCGGCAGCUCCUCGCAUCUCGCGCCAGGACACGCCUUCGAGCCCGGCUUUUCGCCGUUCCGGCCUACUCGCUCACUCUCCGAUCCUCUUGAGGACGACCCGCAGGAGUUCGGCUUCCUCCCCGUGCAUUCUGAUGCCGCUUCAGCCGCAGGCAUCAGAGAAGGCGAAGCGGACGUGCGCGACCCUCGAGCGGCGUUCGAUCUUGUGGAUGUGCUGGGUGCGCUUGCGAGCGUCAGAGAAGGCGUACAAGGUCUCGACGACGAGAAUGCGCGGAGGGAUGCUGCUGCGAGAUUCGCUAGCGAAUUUGUCUUUGGAAGGAUGGGUAACGAGACUUGA